GUGGAGGAAGUCUCGUGACGCAGCUGUUUCUGGUUAAGAUGAUGAGGGAUUUGGAGGGCAUAUCAGAGUCUGCAGUAUCCAGCUGUCUGUCUGACUUCAGUAAUGGACCUGGACCCUCAGACACAAAACAGAGAGCAGAGUCAGCAGCAUCCAGCUGUGUGUCUUUGGAGAGUGACUGGUCCAAAGAUUCACCCCUAAACUUCACUAAUGAACCUGGAUUUAUAAAACCCAUUAGAAGAAUUACAAACAGAAAACAGAGAGCAGAGCCUGCAGUACCCAGCUGUCUGUCUAUAAAGAGUGACUGGUCCAAAGAUUCACCCCCAAACUUCAGUGAUGAACCUGAACCCUCAGACAGGCAUGAGAAACAGUAUGUACUAGAGAGGAAGAGGAGUCAUGUUUCUGUGGAGGAGCAGCCGUCCUGCUGUGCUUUGUGUCAGGACGUCCUGAAGGAUCCAGUCUCUACCAGCUGUGGACACUGGUUUUGCAGACAGUGCAUCACCUCAUACUGGGACCAGUCUGUUUCUUCAGGACACUCCUCCUGUCCCCAGUGUGGAAAAAGAUCCAGAACAAGAGCUGGACUGCAGACAGCCAGUCAGAGCAGCUCUGUACAAAUGAGUGGUGGUCUGCAGGAGGUUUUAGAUGAACAUAAGAUCAAUCUGAGGAGGAGAUGUGAACGUGUGACUGAAGGAAGUGAUGAAACAAGAAGUGGAACCCUCCUCAACAGGAUCUACACAGAGAUCUACAUCACAGAGGGACAGAGUGAAGAGGUUAAUACCCAGCAUGAGGUGAGGCAGCUUGAGACAGCUUCCAAGAAGAAGACCCUCCAUGACACUCCAAUCAGGUGCCAGGACAUCUUUAAAGCCUUACCUGGCCAACAGAGAGCCAUCAGAGUGGUUCUGACCAACGGCGUCGCUGGCGUUGGAAAAACCUUCUCAGUGCAGAAGUUCACUCUGGACUGGGCAGAGGGCUCGGGAAACCAAGAUGUCGGUCUGCUGGUUCUGCUCUCCUUCAGGGAGCUGAACUUGAUCAAAGAUGAGCGGCACAGUCUCCUCACGCUGCUCCAUGUUUUCCAUCCAACAUUACAGAAGGUCCCAGCAGAGAAGCUCGCUAUCUGGAAACUGUUGUUCAUCUUUGACGGCCUGGAUGAAAGCAGACUUUCAUUGGAUUUCCACAACAAUGAGGUUGUGUCUGAUGUCACACAGAAUUCAUCAGUCAACCUGCUGCUGACAAACCUCAUCAAGGGGAAUCUGCUUCCCUCGGCUCUCGUCUGGAUAACUUCUCGACCUGCGGCGGCCGAUCGGAUCCCUCCUUCGUGUGUCGGCAGGGUAACGGAAGUACGAGGCUUCACUGACGCCCAGAAGGAGGAGUACUUCAGGAGGAGAGUCAGUGAUGAAGAGCUGUCUAGCAGAAUCAUCUCACACGUCAAGACCUCCAGGAGCCUCCACAUCAUGUGUCUAAUCCCAGUCUUCUGCUGGAUCACUGCUACAGUUCUGGAGCACAUGUUGACUACAGAGCAGAGAGGAGAGCUGCCCAAGACCCUGACUGACCUGUACUCACACUUCCUGCUGGUUCAGAUAAAGAGGAAGAAGCAGAAGUACGAUGAGGGACAUGAGACGAGUCCACAGGAGCUAAUGGAGACUGACAGGGAGGUUCUUCUGAAGCUGGGGAGGCUGGCGUUUGAACAUCUGGAGAAAGGAGACAUCAUGUUCUACCAAGAAGACCUGGAGCAGUGUGGUCUUGAUGUCACAGAAGCCUCGGUGUACUCAGGAGUUUGUACAGAGAUCUUCAAAAGAGAGAGUGUGAUCUUCCAGAAAACAGUCUACUGCUUUGUUCAUCUGAGCGUUCAGGAGUUUCUGGCUGCAGUCUACAUGUUCCACUGUUACACCAGCAGCAACACAACAGUACUGAAGAAUUUUCUGGGGAAACAUUACAGUGAAUCAUCUCUGGUUGUCUUCCUGAUGAGAGCAGUCACAAAAUCUUUCAAAAGUAAAAAUGGCCACCUGGACCUGUUUGUUCGUUUCCUUCAUGGCUUCUCUCUGGAGUCCAACCAGAGACUCUUAGGAGGCCUGCUGGGUCAGACAGACAACAGUCCAGAAAUCAUCCAGAGAGCCAUCAACAACCUGAAGGAGAUGAACAGUAAUAAGAUCUCUCCUGACAGAAGCAUCAACAUCUUCCACUGUCUGACGGAGAUGAACGACCACUCCGUACAUCAGGAGAUUCAAGAGUUCCUGAAGUCAGAGAACAGAUCAGAUAAGAAACUCUCUAAGAUCCAUUGCUCAGCUCUGGCCUACAUGCUGCAGAUGUCAGAGGAGGUUCUGGAUGAGUUGGACCUGAAGAAGUACAACACAUCAGAGGAGGGACGACUGAGACUGAUUCCAGCUGUGAGGAACUGCAGAAAGGCUCGACUUACUGGCUGUGGGCUCUCAGAGACUCACUGUGAAGUCGUGGCCUCAGCUCUGAAGUCCAACCCCUCCCAUCUGAGAGAGUUGGACCUGAAUUUCAACGAACUGCAGGAUUCAGGAGUGAAGCUGCUGUCUGCUGGACUGGCGAGUCCACACUGUAGACUGGAGACUCUGAAAUUGUGGCGCUGCAGUUUGUCAGAGAUCAGCUGUGCUUCUCUGGCCUCAGCUCUGAAGUCCAACCCCUCCCAUCUGAGAGAGCUGGACCUUAGUGAAAAUGUGCUGCAGGAUUCAGGAGUGAAGCUGCUGUGUGGUUUUCUGGAGAGUCCACACUGUAGACUGGAGACUCUGAGCCUGAGUUUCUGCAGUUUGUCAGAGAUCAGCUGUGCUUCUCUGGCCUCAGCUCUGAAGUCUAACCCCUCCCAUCUGAGAGAGCUGGACCUGAGUGACAACAAGCUGCAGGAUUCAGGAGUGAAGCUGCUGUGUGGUUUUCUGGAGAGUCCACAUUGUAGACUGGAGACUCUGAGAUUGAGUCUCUGCAGUUUGUCAGAGAUCAGCUGUGCUUCUCUGGCCUCAGCUCUUAAGUCCAACCCCUCCCAUCUGAGAGAGCUGGACCUGAGUGACAACGAGCUGCAGGAUCCAGGAGUGAAGCUGCUGUGUGGUUUUCUGGAGGAUCCACACUGCAGACUGGAGACUCUGAGAUUGGGUCUCUGCAGUUUGUCAGAGAUCAGCUGUGCUUCUCUGGCCUCAGCUCUGAAGUCCAACCCCUCCCAUCUGAGAGAGCUGGACCUGAGUAACAACAAGCUGCAGGAUUCAGGAGUGAAGCUGCUGUGUGGUUUUCUGGAGGAUCCACACUGCAGACUGGAGACUCUGAGGUUGAUGUUCUGCAGGUUGUCAGAGAUCAGCUGUGCUUCUCUGGCCUCAGCUCUGAAGUCCAACCCCUCCCAUCUGAGAGAGCUGGAGCUGAGUAACAACAACCUGCAGGAUUCAGGAGUGAAGCUGCUGUGUGGUUUUCUGGAGGAUCCACAUUGCAGACUGGAGACUCUGAGAUUGGAGGACUGCAGUUUGUCAGAGAUCAGCUGUGCUUCUGUGGCCUCAGCUCUGAAGUCCAACCCCUCCCAUCUGAGAGAGCUGUACCUGAGUGACAACAACCUGCAGGAUUCAGGAGUGAAGAUGCUGUGUGGUUUUCUGGAGGAUCCACACUGCAGACUGGAGACU